AUAGCUACAUGAAAUAUGGCUACAUGCAUCAAUGGGUGUAGACAAUCAUGGGUUACAGUAUAUAACCCAGGCGAAAACCUUCAUUGGACAGAACAUCUCAACACUCCACCUAAAACAAUCACCAUGCUUAGAUUCGUCGCUCUUGCUCUCUGUGCCUCAAUGGCUUUCGGAAUGGGAUAUGGAGGUGGAUAUGGCGGCGGAUAUGGGUCCGGUAUUCAAAUCGGUGGAUACGGAAAGAACUAUGGUGGUUAUGGACAUAGUGGAUCCGGACUAGAUUUCGGAUAUGGGGGACACGGGCUUGACUUAGGAUAUGGUGGAUAUGGAAGUGGAAACAUCGGAUUUGGAAAAGGAUACGGUAUCGGAGGUGGACAAGGAUUCGGUGGACAAGGAUACGGUAUCGGAGGUGGACAGGGAUACGGUAUUGGAGGUGGACAAGGAUUCGGUAUUGGAGGUGGACUAGGACACGGUAUUGGAGGUGGACAAGGAUUCGGUGGACAAGGAUACGGUAUCGGAGGUGGACAGGGAUACGGUAUUGGAGGUGGACAAGGAUACGGUAUCGGAGGUGGACAAGGAUACGGUAUUGGAGGUGGACAAGGAUACGGUAUCGGAGGUGGACAGGGAUACGGUAUUGGAGGUGGACAAGGAUUCGGUAUUGGAGGUGGACUAGGACACGGUAUUGGAGGUGGAUAUGGAAUUGGACAAAUCGGAUUUGGAAAAGGACAGGGUAUUGGUGGUGGAUUUGGUAGAGGAUUCGGUGGUAAAGGAAAAUAUGCUCAAUAUUGAGGAACCCAGUAAUCAGAACCAAUCCAAAGUGCCAAUGAAAAUAAAUAAAUCAUCCGGUACUUAA